AUGGCAAACUUGUUUGAUAGACUUGGUGGUGCGACUGUGUUCACCAAAAUAGACCUGAGGAUAGGUUAUUGGCAAUUUCGGAUUGCAGAGGGUGAUGAGCACAAGAUGACCUGUGUGACAAGAUAUGGGUCGUAUGACGUCCUGGUUAUGCCCUUUGGCUUGACUAACGCGCCAGCCACAUUUUGCACCUUGAUUAACCAAGUCUUCCGAGAAUACAUUGAUGAAUUCGUCGUGGUUUAUUUGGAUGAUAUUGUGGUAUAUAGCAAGACACUGGAUGAACACCUGGAGCCCUUGCGGAAGGACCUAGCCCGAUUGCAGGAGCAUGAAUUAUAUGUGAAGCUAUCCAAGUGCUCCUUUGCUCAGAAACAAAUUCACUUCCUCGGACAUGUCAUCGAGGAAGGGCGGAUCAAGAUGGACCAACAGAAGAUUCGGGCCAUCACAGAAUGGCCGCCUCCUAAGGAUAUCCAUGCCUUGAGUGCCGCUGACAGAACUUCUCAAGAAGGUCACACCUUGGGAUUGGGGCCCCAAGCGAGCAGAGGCCUUCAACGCAUUGAAAAUGGCUAUGUCUAG